AUGCUGGUGAAUAUACUUCGAGAGUACAAUAUCAAUAGAAUAUUUUUGUCGUGCUUAGGUCUCUGGCCAUUCCAACGUAAGCUCGCGAAAUGUUUAUUGCCGAUGUUCUACUUUGUACUCGAGUUAAGUUACUUGCCAUUUGAGAUAAGAACAUUGUACAUGCAUAGACACAAUAAACAAAUGAUCUUUGAAUGUCUGUAUCAAAUAACUGUAACGUUGGCUUUCCUUGUAAAAUUAUUGAAUCAGCUUUGGUAUCGCAGCAAGUUUCAGCAUUUAUAUGAAACUAUGGAAAAUCAUUGGAAUAUAUUUACGAAUGAACUCGAAGUUCAAAUUAUGAAAACUUAUUCUGCCAUAGCACACAAAUUUUCAGUAUCUUACUCCAUACUCGUAUACGUUAUGAUGUCAAUGUUUAUCAUAAUACCUUCAUUAGGACCGAUGCUUCUUGAUAUCGUGCUACCUCUUAAUGAAUCGCGUCCGCGACAUUUUGCAGUGUACGCCGAAUACGGUGUAGAUCAAAAUAAGUAUUUUGUAGAAAUAUUUUUAUAUACCACUAUCAUGAUCACGAUGGGUAUAACCAUCAUGGUGUCUGUUGAUACUAUGCAUGUUGCAUGCACUGCGCAUGCAUGUAGCUUAUUCCAAGUUGUCGGACAACAAAUUGAGAACAUAAUAUCGCAUGUGCAUGAAGUCAACGAGACUGGAUAUCACGCGAAUACGGAGUAUGAAUUGUUCAAUGAGAAAAUGAUAUAUCGAAAGUACAUUGUGUGUUUGAAGAAACAUCAACUUGCUUUACAGUAUGUCGAUAUAUUGAACGACACGUAUAAGAUUGUGGGAAUUAGCUUUUCAAUAUUGAUUGGCGCGGUUUUCAGUUUGAUUGGAGUUCGCAUUGUCUAUGUAUUAGACCAAGUGGAAGAAAUGAUUAGAUUUACGUUUAUAAUCAUGGGAGCAUUAUUACAAUUGAUGAUCGCGUGUUAUUCCGGCCAGAAAUUAAUGGAUGCAAGUCAGAAUAUAUUUCACCAAACAUAUGCAGCGCAAUGGUAUAAGUUCUCGCCAAGAUUAAAGUCAUUGUUAAUUAUAACUCUUUAUAGAAGUAUUGUUCCAUGCAAAUUGACAGCAGGUAAUUUGUUUCCGUUGUCGAUGUCACUUUUCGCCACGGUGGUGCAAACGAGUGUAUCUUAUUUCACGGCAUUUUUAUCGUUGAAAGAUUAAUUCUGAAAUAUAAAUACUUUAUUAGUGACUUCUUGUGACCGAUGUCUU